UAAGCACUUGGCACUCACUCCCUCCCCUCCCUCCCCUCUACACACGCUUAGACACAAUUUUACACAAUGGCUGUUGCGGCAUUCUCUGCUAUUUCUCUUCUCUUCUCUAUCCUAAACCUAUGCCUUCGAGGAGCCUACGGUGACUCCGGAGGGUGGGAAGGUGGUCAUGCCACGUUCUAUGGCGGGGGUGACGCAUCCGGCACAAUGGGGGGUGCUUGUGGGUACGGUAAUCUGUACAGCCAAGGGUAUGGGACUAACACUGCAGCACUCAGCACUGCUCUGUUCAACAAUGGUUUGAGCUGCGGGUCUUGUUAUGAGAUGAAAUGCAACGAUGACCCCAAAUGGUGCCUCCCCGGUACCAUCACUGUCACUGCCACUAACUUCUGCCCCCCUAACAAUGACUUGCCCAACGACAACGGCGGGUGGUGCAACCCUCCACUCCAACACUUCGACAUGGCGGAGCCUGCUUUCUUGCAAAUCGCUCAAUACCGAGCUGGGAUUGUUCCCAUAGCAUUUAGAAGAGUGCCCUGUGUGAAGAAAGGAGGCAUAAGGUUUACCGUCAACGGUCACUCUUACUUCAACUUGGUGUUGAUCACAAACGUUGGCGGCGCCGGAGAUGUGCAUUCUGUGUCGAUCAAGGGGUCCAACACUGGGUGGCAAGCCAUGUCAAGGAACUGGGGCCAGAACUGGCAGAGCAAUAACUACCUGAAUGGACAGAGUCUUUCAUUCCAAGUCACCACCAGUGAUGGUCAGACGGUGACCAGCUACAACGUGGUUCCGGCAAAUUGGCAGUUUGGACAGACAUUUGAGGGGGCUCAAUUCUAGAUUUUUAUUACAUAGUAAAAAGGAAAAUAUACAUUAUAUUGUCAAUUGGAAAUGUUCCAUCUUCGUUAUGGUGAAGGUGGGAUACACAGGGUAGAGUAGGAUGGGCUCGGCCUGUGUGGCCGCGUAUUGCUGAGGUGUCUGUUUGGCACCCGCUAGGCCUUUACAUAUAUAUAUAUAUAUAUAUAUAUAUAUAUAUAUAUAACCAGUUUGAGUUUGUUUGUGAAAUUUAUUAGUUUCUCUUAAGAAAAAUAGGGAUGGAUAUUCCAUUUAUUGCCUUUUAUUUAAAUUUGGGGCAUUGAAUAUCUUAGAGUUUGUAAACUUUAUCUCCAAGUUGUGGCAACUUUAUUUUCACUGGCAGUGUUCUGUGUACAGUCCUUUGGGCAAAGUGCUCCCCAUAUUUUAAUAGUACCUGUUCAACUUUUCACA